GGCGCGGCAAGCGCAGUCAACUGGGUGAACGCGAAGACCGCAAGCUCAAGGAUCUCGCGAGGCAUUAUGGCACAAGCGUGGUUUUCGUCCCUCAACACUGCGAGCCUUUGGAGCUUGUACAUGUCCUUGGGGGACAGCUCGCAAUCCGACAGGGUUCCCGCUCGCAUUGGACAGCGGAGAACACUACGAUGCAUCUCAUUCGGAGCCAUCGCGAUGUCAUAUUCAUCGAUGAACAUGACCUUAGCGUCUCCAACUUGUGUUCUGGAUUUAGUUUCUGCCUGACACUGCUCGGAACUUUGUAUGUAUGGCACGGUUGCGGCUCGUUGCCGUCAGAGCGGCAAGCGGCGCUCGCGUACGCCCGAGCCCUGUCCACCGGCCAGUCAAGCGUGGUUGAGCUCAUUGAGGGCGAGAGUGACAAUGACGAGAUGUUCUGGAUGAUGCUUGGCGAACGUGAUUAUGCCAACGCGGACUACUGGAAGUGGCGCCCGUCGACUACGGCAGACUGCGUGCCUCGUAUCUGGCGCGUCGAUGGUGCAGAUGCGACAGUCGCUGUCAACCUUGUUCUGAACCUUCCAAGCGAGUCUGUCUUCAAAGCAUCCAUCUAUAUCAUCGAUUGUGUCUGGGAGUUCUUCGUCCUUGUUGGGAAGGAUGCGCGCAGUAGCCGACGCAAUAUUCGUGCUGCCCUGUCUUGUGCUAUGGACAUGUCACGACUCACCGCUUCGACACGGCCAUUCGCGCCAACGGUUCAUGUCCUAGUCCUACCAUCUCAGCUCCCUUCGGAUCUACGCCUGCACUUCCGUGAUAUUGACGAAGAUACCAUCAACGAACACGAGACCCCGGAUCACAUGAAUCUGAUCACAUUCCACGAGGCAAUGGAGCAUCUUGGAAAGGUGGCCUGGGAGAUCUCUGCUUUGAAAGACCACAGCAUGCUGCCUCUUGGCCUACACUCGUCGCACUUUGUGUCAUCGUGAUUGUUUAUCUAUCAUAUAAUCUGCUGUUAGGUAUCACAACCCACCACUUUCUCCGAACUUCACCAUUCCGUGUGUUUUCACAAGCCUUUCCACCCCUAUGAUGAGCGUUAUCCUUGUUCUCGUGUUCCGAGGCCCUUUCUGGCAUCCUUGCUACAUCUCCCCGGAGCGUGCUCGUUAAGCUUUCACCCUGAUUAUCAAAAUACCUGCGGAAAGCGUGGUAUGGAACCUGUUGCUCUUCGUUCCAGGCUGAUUCUCCAGAUCUGUCCAAUCCGACAGGUGAUUCUGAUACAGAUGACCAUGCGCUCAACCCCUCGAAGUUCUCGCACAGGUACAACUGGGCUCAGAGCUUGGAGGCAGCAGGGGACUGUUCGAGGAGCACCACGUGUGUGGGACGUUUGCGGUCAUAUCCGUCCGCCUGCGGUGUAGAAGCUGAGGCAGGGACGCAUGGAUACCGAUGUGUGAUGAGGCUGGACAAGUUGACAAGUCAAGUGCCACUGAUGCUUCCUUUCUAGUGAGGCGCGCAUCCCGAUUGGGGUUUAAUCGGCGAAGGCAGAUGCUGCGAGAGCGUAUAUGUCGAUGCCCAUCCUGAUGUCUUUGUUGCCAUAUGAGCUCAGUCGGACGCUCGCAAAUAACGCUAUUCCCAUCGUCCUGCUCAUCUACCUUAAAUACCCCCCUUCGUAUGCGACAGGCUUCGACUUACGGUCCCUACAGCUCACCCGCCUCUUCAGCUCUGCUACUAACGAUGUUCUGGGCUCCAUUCACACUAUUGUCUCUACCAUUCUAUACUGUAGCUCUCCCUUCUUCUACUCCAAGCCAAAAUGUUUCCCUCUCCGCUGCGUCUUCCUGCUACCCCGCCUUAGGCUUCGCCAAACCAGUCGUCCUCCCGCCAAACAAUAGCAAUUGGUGGUGCGAUCCCAAAGACGAAUACGCCUUCGUUGGCUUCAGCUACGAAGUCACUGACUGCCAGAGCUUGAAACAACUCAAGAAAGAGUUCGCUGACAUACGCAAUAGAUUUAAUGGGCGCUACGUUAGGCUCUAUGGUGCUUGCGAUCGAGACGGGUUCUACGAUGAUAUAGUGGAAGCCGCUUGGGACAGCACCUUAGGUGUGCACGCUCUGGUCUGGUUUGGCUUCGACGGGUCUGAUAUCUGGAAGUCGAGGCGAGACACCCUCUUUGCCGCCCUGCACGCGAACCCCAAAGCUAAAUUUGUCACACGCGGCGUGCAAUUUGGCUCGGAGCCGCUCUUCGACGACGUCCUGACGCCCAAUCAAUUGGCGGCGCAGGUCAUCGCCGCGAAGAAGAACUUGUCGAGCCUCAAUAUUCCAGUGACCGUCAGCGAGCUGGCAUAUGGCUAUCAGGAGCGCGGCGGCGCGCAGAACGUGCUCAAUGCAGAAGAUUUCAUAAAUAUUCACAUGCUCCCUUUCUUCUCGCAGAAUGCCUCGACAGGGGACCAAGCAUGGCCCUUGGUCCUAAAGGACUUGAACUGGUUCAUUGCCCACGGUAAAGGGAAGAAGAUGUAUUUUGAUGAAAACGGCUGGCCUUCAGUGACAUCUGAGGGCGUUCAACCCAACAGUCCAAACGCGGUUGCAGAUAUCCCAAACGAGCAUGCGUACUAUACCCUUCUCGACAGCCACUGUGAAGAUUUGAAAAAUGUCGUCGGUGGUGGCAUCGGGUGGUUUGCCCAUAUUUAUUCUGAUGAUCAAGAGCCGGGGUAUGGAAUCUACAAUGAUGCCGGCCACUUGAAGUUCCCCUUCGCCCCGCGGACGUCGUGCUGAGCGUGGUGUGAUUUUCUGCCGGCGAAGGAUUUUUUUAAUUUCAGUCUCGACAUGUACGGCCUGUAUUUUGUAGUGGUAUGAAGCUUUGCAGCUGCUUGAAUGUUGACAUUCCCUUGCAGCAGCUUUC